AUGCCCCUGUUCAGUAAGAAGAAGGAUGACGACGACGGCCGGGAUCAACGGGCAUCUAUUGAUGAACAUGAACAUGACCAAGCACCUCCUGAUGAGCACACUCGGUUGCUUCCGAACCGCCUUGAUUCUAGUAGAGAUUCCAAUAGAGUACUCCUCACGCCAGAUGAUCCCGCCGUGACUCCGUACAAUCUGUGGAGCAUCCGCAUCUUGCGAUACUUGACAUUGUUCUUUACCAUCAUCACGUUCGCGUGGUGGGUGCUUCUUCUCGUGUCGUCUUUUGCGACACCUCCAGGCCUACACACCAGAGGAGGUGUCUUUCUUGCCUUGGGUUUUGCCACCUUGACCCUUGCCAACAUGGGGUUUAUCGUCAUCUUUUUUGGCGUGCCCGCCAAAGCCGUCCGAGUCCUGUCCUUCAUAAUGGCUUUCUUGCUGCUUCUUGACGUGAUUAUCCUUCUGGCAGUCCGACAAACACGAUACGAGGAAGGCUGGGUUGGCAUAUCCAGCGCGGUUUGGGCUCUUCUCAUGAGUCUUUGGGCCCUACUCACGGAUCGAAUGGUCAAAUGGGGCAAGGAGGAGGAAGAGGAGAGGCUGACUGGUCGUGCUGAGACGAGGCGAACACUAACCGAGUGGAGUGCGGUAAUGGUGUCGACCAUUGCCUACAUCGUCAUGGUGAUUGCUGUGCUUCUCAUCACCCUCUCAAUCGUUAUUCGUGCCCUAGAUGCCAAUUUUGCCGCACCUGGCAAAACGUACGGCGUUGACGGGGACAAGUACCGUAUCCACCUCUAUUGUAGCGGAAACAAGACGGACGCCGCGGGACGAGACGUGCCAACUGUGCUGCUGGAAGGAGGUGAGCGGCCCGUCGAGCAGGGGCUGUGGAGCUUGGCCGAAAACGCCGUUAAAAACGGCUCCAUUUCUCGAUACUGCUUCGCGGAUCGCCCCGGAAUCGCAUGGUCCGACACUGCUCCUUCGCCUCUUUCUGCCGGCUUCGCUGUCGAUGUUCUCAGUGAAGCUCUGGCCAAGUCGGGUGAAGAUGGACCCUGGGUCCUGGUGAGCGCUGGAAUCGGCUCACUCUAUUCCAGAGUCUUUUCGUCCCGCCACGGUGAUGCCAUCAAGGGUAUCUUGCUCAUUGAUCCACUUCACGAAGAUCUGCUUGGCUCACGGGGUUCUUCUGCCCGAGGUUUCCUUUUAUGGGUGCGCGGCGUCAUCUCACCACUUGGUCUAGACCGCCUCCCGGGAGCCAUUUUCAGAGGAAGAAACUCGGCGGAUCGCACGUACGGUCGGUCUGUUCAACAAAACAGCAAGUUUAUCUACGCCCAACUCCAAGAAAACCUGGUUCUUCAGUCCUUUACAAAGCGAGAUGUCCAGACCAGUCGACAGAUUCAGGACAAGAACACCCCCUUGGUAGUAGUCAGUUCAGGAAGGGAGAUCAAGAGAAGCAAAGAGUGGGAGGAAAAGCAGAGAGAUUUGACAACGUUGACCGAGAACUUGAAGGAAUGGGAUAUUGUAAACGGUGCACCGCAUCGUGUUUGGGAAGUUUCGGAAGGAAGACAGCAGAUCGAAGAGCGAUUGAAGCGGCUCGUGAGAGGGGAUUAA